AUGAUUACCCAUUGGACGCUGUUCAUGCUGGUGGCGGUGGCUGUUUCGGGCCCGUAUGGUGCAUUAGCCCGGCCGGUUGACCCGGAAGCCCCAGCCGAGAUGUAUGGCGAGCUGGCGGAGGAAUUUCAACGACUGCAUAAUCAGGAGAUACGCUUCCUGCAGUACCUGUCUGUGCAAGCUGAGCGACAACAACGCGAAGAAGCCUACCUUCAGGCGCAACGGGAGCAACAACAGCUCGCGGUCGAUGCUCGCAACGUGCUGCUGGAUGAUGCUUCUGGUCCAUUGCUCGAGGACCUGCCUCAAGAGUACAGUCGGGACGAGGCGACGCUGACCGGGGCAGGAUCUGGCCGUAAUUUGAACGGGUUCGGCGGGCCCGUCUCUACCGAGCCCGUCCAGAAGGAGAUCCCCCAUCAGAAGAGCAAAAACGACAAGAAGAACAAUCACUAUAUGUCCCUGUGCCACUUCAAACUUUGCAACAUGGGUCGUAAGCGUAAUCAGCGAUUUCCGCAAUUUUGGAACUAA